GAUAAAUCGACGAGACGACGAAUGUACAGUGUUCACUGACCUCACCUAGGCAGUGUCAGUGUAUCUACCUGCAACUUGGUUCUCCUCCCAAAAUUUAAACAAAUAAUGUUUAAUUGAGUCAAAACAUCAGUUCCGGUUUUAUUUAGUGUAGUUAGCUUUGGUUGAUGACAGUUACCUUUUAGUGGACGGGUUGAAAUAAUGUCGAAAAUAUUAGCAACGAUUUUAUUAUGUUCUGUUUGCAUAGCGCCUGUAGUUCGGUGCUACAACGUUUUAAUAGUUUUUCCAGGUCUCUCACAUAGCCACUUCAAACUAGGAAAUGCUCUAGGAAGAGCAUUGGCCGAAAGCGGUCAUGAAGUGACUAUGAUAAGCCCUUUCGAGGAUAAAAAUCCUCCUAGUGGUUAUAGUGAAGUUAUGCUAACUGGAUUUCUUGAAAAAAAAGAUGAAGUGGCGAAGUUUAACAUUUUUGACUUUGAAAACAUCAAUCCGUUUGUACAAAUAUUUUUCAUGAACAUGCUUAUGACUGAAGGUACUAACUUCGUGUUAAAUCAUCCAAACGUUCAGAAACUGUUAGACUCAAAUAAAACUUUCGAUGUUAUAAUUAUCGAACAGUUUAAACAUGAAGGCUUAUAUGUUCUACAGUGCCACUACAAAGCUCCAUUGAUAUUAUUAAAUACGAUAGGUUCGAAUGCUUGGAUCAACCCAUACGUCGGUAAUCCUGCUCCUCCGUCAUAUGUCCCAGAUACUUUCUUGAAGUACUCAGAAAAGAUGAACUUCUGGGAAAGGACGUUCAAUUCUAUUAUAGUAUUAUCUGAACAGGUUCUAAUGUACUUUUUCGUACAUCGAAAGCAACAGGCGAUGGCUGUUGCCAAAUUUCCGCAUUGUGCAAAUGAUAAUUUUUCAAACAAUGUAUCUUUAGCAUUUUUAAACGCUCAUGAGAGCGUAACACAGGCGGUUCCUUUAGUACCUAAUAUGAUUAAUAUUGGUGGAUUUCAUAUCGAUCCCCCCAAAGAAUUACCAAAAGAUUUAAAAGAGAUGUUAGAUGGUGCCAAGGAAGGUGUAAUCUACUUGAGUUUGGGUUCUAAUAUCAAAAGUACUGAUAUAAAACCAGAAAUCAAGCAGGCUCUUAUUAGAUCCUUAGGAAAACUAAAGCAAAAGGUACUGUGGAAAUACGAGGAUGAAGAUUUUAAAACACCGAAAAAUGUGGAGAUAAGAAAAUGGUUCCCACAGCAGGAUAUAUUAGCUCAUCCAAAUGUAAAACUAUUUAUUACACAUGGAGGCCUUCUUAGUUUGAUAGAAACCAUACACUUUGGAGUUCCUGUUCUAGUGUUGCCAGUAUUUGGAGACCAAAAAAUGAAUGCUGCUAAAGUAGAGAAUGCAGGUUAUGGAAUUAAAAUACCAUUUUCCCAAAUAACUGAAGAACGACUGACGGAUGCGUUAGAAAAAUUGUUGAAGGAUCCCAAAUAUUUUGAAACAGCAAGAAAAUUAUCGGACUUAUCUCGUGAUCGUCCGGUUAAUCCAAUGGAUUUGGCUCUAUAUUGGACAGAUUACAUUGUCAAACAUAAAGGAGCUCCUCACUUACGUGUAGCCGCGAUGGAACUUACCUGGUAUCAAUAUUUUCUACUGGACGUCAUUGCAUUUGUAGUUAUUAUGAUCAUCAUGACAUUUACAGCUCUCUUUAUUUUAUACAGAAAGUGUUGUUGUAGAAAGAAUAAGAAAUCGAAAAAAGAUUAAAAAAUUAGUUUUAAAAUUCGGUGUUUUAUUAAAUAGAUAUGCCGUUUUGUACUAAAAAAUGAUUGUUGAAAUUGUUUGGCCUCAUUAUAUUUAUUUUAUUCGAA